UCGACGAUGCAUCAAAAUUAUGUAACGUGAGGAAACGCAGAAGCUCAUUUCAGGUGCAGGACCAUCUCUGAGUGGACUCCGAGAAGACUGGGAUGCUGCAUGUGAAAAACAGCCCCCCUUUUUCGUUAGAACGUCGGAUUUGGAAUGAGGGAGAUAUUUUUGCGCGGAUUCCUCUGCAGAGUGGAGGCACUAUGAGAGCGCGUCAGAGAAGCUCUUGAUCCCUGCCGUCACAUGGACCCUCUCAGAACCCCACAAGCAGACCGAGAAGGUGCCACGCUCUCAUUUUGAAUGUAAGGUUGCUCGUUUUUAUUUCAUUUCAUCCCAAUACGCGGCUAUGGCUUGGCCGUGCAUCAGCAGAGUAUGCUGCCUGGCUCGCUUCUGGAACCAAUUCGACAAGUCGGACCUUUCCGUGCCGCUCACCAUCCAGAACUACUCGGAUAUCUCCGAGCAGGAGGUGCGAUCCGUGACCAAGCAGGUGUCCUCCUCGGCUCCUGGACCGCGAGGUGCCGCCGGCUCGCCGACCCGAGGCUCCUUUAGGGCGCGCAGGGAGCCCAGUUACAAGCCUCGGGAGGACUACCAACCCCCGGAGGUGCCUUUCCCAAGCGUCACGCAGUACAAGCAAGACUUUAAACCCUGGCCUAUUCCCAGGAAGGACCAUUUCCCUUGGAUCAGUAACGGGGGAAACUCAGGGGGGAGGCAGGAGGUGAAAGAGGAGGACAGGAGCUCCUACAGACAAGAGUACAGGCCAUGGGCGAAAAGCACCAACAAACAACCUGCAACUGAAAACGGCCACGUCCCACCCAAAACCAGCUACCAGGCUGCCUACAGCGCCGAGGCCCAUCGGUCAAUAGGCCCACAGCAAGGGGAAAUCACCUCUGCGAGCACCAAUAUACAGCCCGCCUCAAUCCCCCGGCCUGUCCUCGGCCCCUCUUACAAUCCUCUGGUCCUGCACAGUAUCCAGCAUGAUAAGACUGAGCACAGCACAUCUACUAAGGGGCAGGAACAUCUGGUUAGGACCAAGCUGCCGCCGAACCCUUCAGCAGUCUUUCAAAGCGGAUCACGGGCAUUUUAAUAUCUGACGGAAGAAUGUCUUCGGCAAUCUAUGCAAGGGAAGGUGUCAGGAGGGAACCCUGCAGAGCUAAUGAUGACAUCACACGGAAAACUCUCCCCCCCUUUAAAGUCUGCUUCAGUUGCUAUGGAAUUGAAUAUGCAUGUGAGUGACUAGCUUGUUUUUCUUUACAGCACACGAAACGGAAUCUGUGAGAUAAAAUGGGUGAGCGCCUACCCGUGCUUGAGUUUUAGCAUUUAAAUUAAAAAUUGUUUAAUUUCCUUGUGUUGAGAGCCACUGCAAAACUAUGAUUUUGUAAAUCGAUUCCUAGUAUGAUGUGAAUGAAAUAAAAAGGAUUCUGAGCCCUUUUCCUCUCAUUUUUGAAGCACUUUUAUGGUAAAAAUAUGAAUGCAAAAUGACUAAAAAAAUCACUUUGUAUUCCCAAAAGGUUAUCGAUAUGCUCCUGCCAACAAUCAAUAUUUCGUCUAAUAUUAAUAUUUCGUCUGAUGCGUGUCAUAGAUAUCACAUGUACGUAGAACUAGAUGUGAAAUGAUCGACUCGGCGGCGUUAAUAAAAC